AUUGCCUUACGGAUGAUAAUACGAGACUCUCGCUCGCCCGUCUUGGCCAGUGCAGGAAGGAGGGAGAUCGACUUCCUACAUCCGGAGGAUUCCCUUUUUCUCUUUCUCUUCUACCGUUGAAGCUGAUUUCAAUGGCGUCCACUAUACACCUCGCAUAUUUUGCCUUUGCUCACUGACUUCAUCGUGUACAUCCCUCUCGUCCUUCAACCUCGUCUUCCGACGCCGGUUCGGCCUCCGCUCUCGAACCACGACCCGAACCACCGACCACCGACGGUUAAGCUCGAGCGCAACGCCGCCGAACUCACCCUCAAGAAAAGAAAAAAAGCCAUGGGCCUCCUCAACGGCAUCCGCCUGAGCGCCCGCCGCCUCCUCCGCUCCCGCCCCUUCCGCAACCUCGCCCUCCUCGUGACCCUCUACGUCCUCCUCGACGCCCUCCGCUACCAGCGCCGCGUCACCUCGGCCCCGCGCCACGACCCCUCCCGCCCGCGGCGCGCGGAGCGCAUCUACAUUGCAGGAAUGCACUACAAUGACGCCUCCGUGAUCCGGACGCACUGGAACAAGGCCGUGCUGGACCUCGUCGAGGCGCUGGGGCGGGAGAACGUGUACGUUUCGGUGUACGAGAGCGGGAGCUGGGACGAUACGAAGGCGGCGCUGCGGGAGCUGGACGGGGUGUUGGAGAAGAGGGGGGUGAGGAGGAAUGUGGUGCUUGACGAGAGGACGCAUGCGCAGGAGGUGGAGGACGUUCCUGCGGAGGGGGAGGAGAGGGAAGGGUGGAUUACGACGCCGAGGGGGAAGAGGGAGAUGAGGAGGAUACCGUUUCUUGCGAGGUUGAGGAAUUUGACGUUGAGAGAUUUGUGGAAGCUCGGGGAGGAGGGGGAGAUGUUUGAUACGGUGCUCUUUUUGAAUGACGUUGUGUUUACGACCGAAGACGUCCUCGCGCUGCUCGACACCAACGGCGGCAUCUACGCCGCGGCCUGCUCCCUCGACUUCGCCCACCCGCCCUCCUACUACGACACCUUUGCGCUGCGCGACUCGGCGGGCCAAGCGACGCUGAUGCAGCGGUGGCCGUACUUCCGCUCCGAGGCGAGCCGCGCCGCCGUGAUGGCCUACUCGGACGCCGUGCCCGUGCGGAGCUGCUGGAACGGGAUCGUGGCGAUGCCUGCGGCGCCGUUCUUGGCGAAUCGGCGGGGCGCGGCGGGGGGUAUCAAGAGGCUUGCGUUCCGCGGGGUGGACGAUUCGUUGGCUGAGGAGGCGCAUCUCGAGGCGAGCGAGUGUUGUCUCGUUCAUGUGGAUAAUCCGUUGUCGGAGCAGUUGGGGGUGUACGUGAAUCCGAGGGUGAGGGUCGGGUAUUCGCCUGCUGCGUAUGAGGCUGUGAAUCCGGGCGGGGGGCGGAGUUGGCUUUCUGUGUGGAGGGUUGUGGUUGGGGUUUGGGAGGGGCGGGUGAGGCGGGUGUUGACGAGUGAGAGGGUCAAGGAGUGGGUUGUGAGGAAGAGGCUGAAGGAGUGGGAGGCCCGCGGUGGUGGUGAGAAGGAGAAGAGGAGCGAGAAGGGGGUUGAUUGUUUGAUUAAUGAGGGGCAGGUUCUUGUGUAUAAUGGAUGGGCUCACGUAUGAAGUAAAGAAUGGAGAGGAUGGUAAGAAAGAUGGAGGAGGAGCAAAAGAUACCCAUUGGAUGUGUUGUUUUUCUAUAAAUGUAUCAUACCUUGUGAUGUACAAAAAUCAUUUACGCC